AACAGAUGAUCUAAAUAUAAACAUGAUAGAGCUACUGUGCACCUGGCGUAUAAACUGCGACGCAAUCAAUACAGGGAAGACUGACAGGAACGACGUGGCGCAAAGGUGUGCACUCGUCUCGUCCCGGACUUACUUCCUCAGGGUCUUCAGUCGCCAUGUUUUGUCACACGCUAACACUAUUCCUGACAAUCGCCUUUACUGAAGUUGCAAUAUGUGUAUCUCUGUCAUCAAACGUGCUGUGUGAUAAAGAAUGCAACGCAUGUUCUAGCCACAAAUGUUCAGACAACUGCAUCAAAUGUCCUACUGGAUUCUACGGACCCGACUGUACCCGUUCUUGUCCUCCUCACUGUGCAGAAGGGUGUUGUGAGCUCCUGUCUAGUGGUCGGAGUGUCAACUGCACUCAGGGCUGCCAGGACGGGUACAGAGGCUUGACGUGUAACACGCGUUGUAAGCGACCCUGUUUGACAUGUGACCGUUAUACCGGGGAUUGUACUGGGCCCUGCAGGAACGGCUUCUACGGUUCCGGUUGUACACGGAGGUGUUCUCAGCCCUGUGAUUACUGUGUCAAGGUAACUGGGGAAUGCGUUGAACAAUGCAAUGAUAGUCUCUGUGGCGUUAACUGCACAGUGAAUUGCCCCAUGGGAUGUAAGAAAUGUGACAGAUACACUGGGGAAUGUUUUGAACCAUGUGAAGAUGGCUACUAUGGCGUUAACUGCACGAUGAAUUGCCCUAUUGGAUGUUUGAAAUGUGACAAACACACUGGAGGCUGUCCACAAGAGAGACUUGCCAAAGGCUAUCAGGGGAAUCGUUCAUCUGCUGGAAGCACUUUCACAAGGGUGCACACAAAACGCAAUGAUGUUAACAGCAUCGAAGUAUCUUGUGAUACAGCGUCGUAUCCAUUCAUCAUAGCUUCUGUUGUCCCAGCUUUAGUAUUGACUGUACUUGUCGCUUUACGGUACUCAACCUACAGAAGAAUACAUAAGCCGAGUUCAAGGACAUAUUCUGAAGAAUCAGAACACGUGUUUACCGAACGGAAUGGUUCUGAAGUUUCGGAUGUCCACAUGGAUGUACCUUAUGAUCGUGCAAAAGUUGAUAUUUUGAAAGAGAAUGAUCAUUUCACAUUAGAAUACCAAUUCACAAGCUGUGGGCAUUCACAUAAGGCUAGCAAUGGUCAACACAGUUACAUUGUUGAUCUGGUAGCGCCAGCAUAAUCAGUAUUGGCUUAUUGUUUUGGUCAUUUUGUCAUGUGUUUAUCCUUAGAUUGGAAUAAAAAUGUAAAUGCAUAAUCUACAUUUAACUUGAAAUGUUUUUCAAUAUCAUUGUUAACUUAGUGUUAGUAUCGACGUUUGAUAUUGUCAACAUUGGUGGAAACCGUUGGGUUGUUGUUGUUGUUGUUGUUGUUGUUGUUGUUGUUGACAUCAAUCAUAAUGAAGAUAUUGAAUAGGAAAAUUAUUAUGUACAUUGCACAUUUAAAAAAUAGUUCCCUGUAAUUUGACGUAAAAAGCAAAAUAUUGAUGAAGCUGAUAUGAAUUGAUAACUCAAACUCAAUCUCUGUUACCUAUCAUAUGUUAUACAUGGGCCUGCAUACAUCUGCUGAUUAAUACCUUCACAUGUAACUGUGUGGUUUGACCAUUAAACAGUUUGUAACAGAGUUGACCCUCUUCAACCCACAGCUAACAAUGUAUUAAAAUAAUGACAUUAAAAGUCUGCCUUGACUAGACACGUAAUACAACCAUUAACCAUGUCAUGUUCAAGCAUACACACACUGCGAUCUUGCAUUGCGUUACCAGGUUUUUCUGAAAAAGGAAUAUCGAGCUAGAUGCAUUUGCUAAGACUACAUUAUGCUGUGAAUAUAAAUAGAAUAUCAAUAGCGUUCAGUACCUGAUGGUGGUAUGGGGAAAUGCCAUUCAUUGAUUUGUUAAUGGUCACGUGUAGCAUAAAGCAACAGCGCGUCAGUUGAUAGCAUCGGUCGUAAAUAAAACUUUCAAUACACAUUUCACAAAGCUUCAAAACUCAUUCAAUGUAGAAAAUGCAUAUCCAUUGUGGCUGCUAUCACAUGACGUUUCACACUAACAAUGAUAAACUGUAUCGGUUGUGCACCAUAACCAAGUUAUUGAGGGUGUAUUGAGUAACAUGUUAUGAGCGGUGACUGUUAAAACCUUAAGUAGAUGCGUACCAUCCAAGCAGAUCGCAAUAUUUUAUGUGUGACCUUGACAGCGGGAGGACCCGACACUUUAUCGCACAUUCAGCUGCUCACACGGUCAGCGGGGGUUGCCGCCAGGUGCUAAGAUUAAAAUACUUUACUUAUCUGAA